AUGUAUUUUAUUAAAAAAACUUCUUAUAUUGGGCGUCAAAUUUCAUGCCGUUAUUUAAAAACAAUUGCAACAUCUGAGCCAUCUAAGCCUGAUAUGAAAACUGCUUUUCCAGGUCCAAAAUCAAUGGCAUUAAAAAAAGAAAUGUCAAUGGUUCAUCAAAAUGCUUCUACAAGAGCAUUUUUUGACUAUGAAAAAUCUUUUGGAAAUUAUGUAGUUGAUGCUGAUGGAAAUAAACUUUUAGAUGUUUAUAUGCAAAUUUCAUCCCUUCCUUUAGGAUAUAAUCAUCCAGAAUUAAUUAAACUGGCCAAAGAUCCACGUCUUAUUACAUCUCUUGUCUCUCGUCCAGCACUUGGAUCUUUUCCACGUACUGAUUAUGCUGAUAUGAUUAAAAAAAGUUUAAUUUCAGUCGCACCAAAAGGAUUAUCUGAAGUUCAAACAAUGUUAUGUGGAACAUCAGCUAAUGAAAAUGCUCUUAAAACAGCAUUUAUUUAUUAUAGUGCCCAAAAACGUGGAGGUAAACCACCAACACCUAAAGAUUUAUCAUCAUGUAUGAAUCAACAAUUACCAGGAACACCAAAGUGGACUGUUUUAGCUUUUAAUGGAGCUUUUCAUGGAAGAUCAUUAGCUAUGCUAUCUUGUACACGUUCUAAACCAAUUCAUAAAGUUGACAUUCCAGCACAUGAUUGGCCAAUUUCACCAUUUCCACGUUAUAAAUAUCCAUUAAAUGAAAAUAUUGAAUAUAACAAAAAACAAGAUAAAGAUUGUUUAACACAUAUUAGUGAACAAUUUAAAUUGAGAAAAGAAAAAGGAGAAGAUAUUGCUGCAGUAAUUAUUGAACCAAUUCAAUCAGAAGGUGGUGAUCACCAUGCAUCACCUGAAUUUUUUAAAGGCCUUCAAAAAAUAACAAAAGAAAAUGGUAGUGUAUUUAUUGUUGAUGAAGUACAAACAGGAGGUGGUCCGACAGGAACUUUUUGGUGUCAUGAACAAUGGGGUUUAGAAACACCACCUGAUAUUGUAGUAUUUUCAAAAAAAAUGAUUACUGGUGGAUAUUAUUAUGCUCCAGCUCUUAAAGUAAAUGAAGGUUAUAGAAUUUUUAAUACAUGGAUGGGUGAUCCAACAAAAUUAAUUGUUCUUGAAAAAGUUGUUCAAAUAGUUAAAGAACAAGGAUUAGUUGAACAAGCAAAAGUUGUAGGACAAUUCCUUAAAUCAGAACUUCAAAAUAUUCAAUCAACUAAUGAUAAAAUUUUGAAUCUUCGUGGUGUUGGUACAUAUGUUGCUUUUGAUCUUCCAACAACUGGAUUAAGAGAUAAAUUUAUUGAUGAAGCAUGUAAUCGUGGUUUACAUGUUGGUGGUUGUGGUGAAAAGGCUAUUCGUUUUAGACCUUCAUUAGUUUAUGAUAAAAAGCAUGCUGAGAUAACAUUAAAUAUUAUUAAUGAAGCUAUAAAACAAGUUUAA